CGCAGGGAGCGCGCGUGGGUCCCGCCCUUCCUGCCGGGAAGGAGGAGCGGGAGGGGGCGGGCGCAGCCGGACGGGAAGAUGGCGGACCUGGAGGAGCAGCUGUCCGACGAGGAGAAGGUGCGUAUAGCAGCAAAAUUCAUAAUUCAUGCUCCUCCUGGGGAAUUCAAUGAGGUGUUCAAUGAUGUUCGGUUGCUGCUUAAUAACGACAAUCUUCUCAGGGAAGGAGCAGCCCAUGCAUUUGCACAGUACAACUUGGACCAGUUUACUCCUGUAAAAAUUGACGGUUACGAUGAACAGGUUUUGAUAACAGAACACGGUGAUUUGGGAAAUGGAAAAUUUCUGGAUCCGAAGAACAAGAUUUCUUUUAAAUUUGAUCACUUAAGAAAGGAGGCUACUGAUCCUAGACCCCAUGAAGUUGAAAAUGCCAUAGAGUCCUGGAGAAAUUCAGUUGAAACGGCAAUGAAAGCAUAUGUGAAGGAACAUUAUCCAAAUGGUGUCUGCACAGUUUAUGGUAAAACAAUCGAUGGACAGCAAACCAUUAUUGCAUGCAUAGAGAGCCAUCAGUUUCAAGCAAAAAAUUUUUGGAAUGGCCGUUGGAGGUCAGAAUGGAAGUUUACAAUCACCCCUUCAACCACUCAAGUGGCUGGCAUCUUGAAAAUUCAGGUUCAUUAUUAUGAAGAUGGUAAUGUUCAGCUGGUGAGCCAUAAAGACGUACAAGAUUCUCUAACAGUGUCUAAUGAAGCCCAGACAGCAAAGGAAUUUAUAAAAAUUGUGGAGGCUGCAGAAAAUGAAUAUCAGACUGCUAUCAGUGAGAACUAUCAGACUAUGUCGGACACUACUUUCAAGGCCUUACGUCGACAGUUGCCAGUAACCCGCACCAAGAUUGACUGGAACAAGAUCCUUAGCUAUAAAAUUGGAAAAGAGAUGCAGAAUGCUUAAAGUGAACAUUGCAUGACUGGAUCAUUUUAGUGUCCUUGUAUACAAAUAAAAAUUAUUACAAAAAAAUAUUUGGAACUGUCAAAUCACCCAGUCAGCAUGGGCUUUUGCCAUUGAAAAUCACUGUAAGUAGUUUGGUUAGAGCACAAAGCUUAGCUAAUUGACUUCUUUUCUUUUUCCUUCCUUUCAGAGGGUUGCAACUUCACUAUAGCUGAAUAUCUUCCUUUAGAGUUUCCGUUGUACCUUUAUUUUUUUAUAAUGAAGAGACCAUGCCUUUAGUUUUCAAUUACACAUUAAGAACAGUUGGAAAAAAUAUUUUUGCAUAUGAUAACCCUUCCUCUUGCUUUAAUGUGAAAUGGACAACUUGCAAAAUUUGCUGGAUUCCUUGUGGAGAUCAGUAACAUGCAUUUCUAGGUCAAAGUCAAAGUGGAGUUUGCCAGCAGUGCUGUUUUUGAAAUGAUCUGUCCUUUCAUUGUAUGUAAAAUUGGGAAAAGCAUUUUCUGUAUCAUUUAAACCUAGAAGACAUACUUGCUAGCCCCAUGGUAGCUAAUUUUUUUUUUAAAGAAAAGGCCAAGGUCUAAAGCUGUUUAAAGGUUUUGAAAUUAAAUAAAAGUACUUACUCCAGAAAUGCAUUUAAUGCUUUGUUCUGACAAUUGUGAACUCAAAUUCCAUCUGCCCUCCAGGUUUUUUAUCAUAAAGCUACAAAUGUAUUAUAACAAGGCAUAUUGUAAUAUAUAUAAUCCUGUACUCAUUACUAUGUCUGUUUAUUUUUUCUUGGAUUGAAAUGUACUAAAAUUCAAUGUGACAUUAAAAUGCAAAUUUUCUAUUUAUUUGAGUAUCAGAUUGCUUCCUGAUAUAGCCUAUUUUUGGUGUUUCUAAAUGUUUUUAAAAUUCUGCUUGAAACAGCCACAAACUUGUAUGUUUAGGGAUUGUAAUAUCAUUAUCAUUUUCAUCUGCAUUGAAAAAACUUCUGUAUAUGGAAGUCUGCUUUAAACAGGUGUAUUUUUAGCUUCAUAUUGGCUACAGGGGAUAGAAGAAAUUCCAAGACCAAAAAUUAAUACAUUGGUUUGGAG